AUGGCGGACUCGGGGGCUGAGGCAAGCCGCCCCAGAGACGACCGCAAGGGCCGAGAAGCGGAAGGUCAAUCGCCGAGACACGAGUCCAGCUCAAGGCAUGCAAGCCGACACGAGAGGGAACAUCGUCGCGAGGAACCCCGAGAGAGGCGUUCGCGUCCGCAUCGAGACAGUCGGGACAAGGACAGACACGAGAGGUCUUUCCAUCGCGAGAAAGAUGGCAGAAGCAGACAUCGGGACGGGGUAGAGGACGAGGGACGGGCAAGCUCAAGCUCCAAAAGACACGGAGAUGGCGAGGACAGGGACCGAAAGAGUAGUAGGAGCCGUCGCGACGAUGACGACCGCUACCGCUCUUCAAGAGGGAGCUCGAGACGUGAACAAGAACACCAUCGCUCGGGUCUACAGCACUCUUCAUCAAGUCGCCGACAUCGAGACUCGGUCGAUCCUUCUUCUCGCGACCGAAAGGACGCUGUCCGCAAGCGCUCUCGGUCGCGCUCGCCGAACAAUCAUGCAUCAACCUCCAGCAGCCGCCCCCCAGCACCUCGAUCUCCGCCACCCCAAGCAUACAUAGAUGGACCGAUAGAAGAGGACAUCGACGAAGACGCACCCAACUUCGCUCCUUCAGGCUUGCUCGCCGCCGAGUCCAACACGGUCAAUGGCGUGGCGCUCAAGUACCACGAGCCGCCCGAAGCGCGCAAGCCCAAAUCCACCUGGCGCAUGUACUGCUUCAAAGACGGCAAGGAGCAAGAAGUCCUCCACCUCGGCGCACAAUCCGCCUAUCUCCUCGGCCGCGAUCGCACAGUCGUCGACAUUCCACUCGACCACGAAUCGUGCUCCAAACAGCACGCCGUAUUGCAGUUCCAACAGACGAUCACGACGAAUGAGUUUGGAGAUAGGAAGAAGCGCAUCGGGCCGUUCCUCAUCGAUCUCGAGUCGAGCAAUGGGAGCUACGUCAACGAGAACGAGAUCCCGACUUCGAGGUACUAUCAGUUGCGCACGGGAGACACGUUGACGUUUGGCGCGAGCACGAGGGAGUAUGUACUCUUGGACGAAUCUGCAGCUUAA